AAAUUAUAUAAAUGUUUUAAUUAACGAGAAUAUAGUAUAAAAAGUUUAAGAAAUUCGUUAGUGGACUUAGUUGUUUAUGUACAAACAUGGAAACAGUGCUUACGCCUCCGUUGCCGUUUACUUAUGAUCAAAGUUUAUUGAACAUUACUACGGGCAGUUUGAGUGACAGUUGGAAUAAAUGGAGUAAAGGAUUUAAAAUAUAUUUCGAAGCGUGUGAACUUUCUAAAAAAACACCGGCCAUACAAAUAAAUAUAUUGCUUCAUGUAGUGGGUGAGCAGUGCAGAGAAUUGUAUGAACAACUAAAUGUGAAGUGUACAACGGUAGAACAAGUUUUGGCCGAGUUUAAAAAAUAUUUUGAUCAAAAGAAAAACUUAACGGUCGAGAGGCAUCGAUUUUUUACGCGAAGUCAGGCAGAAAGUGAAACAAUAGAACAAUAUGUGUUUGAUUUAAAGAAAUUAUCAACUUCAUGUGAAUUUGGAACUUUAUGUGAUUCCUUGAUUAAGGAUAGAUUGAUAUGUGGCAUCGCGAGCAAAGCUAUUCGGGAGAGAUUAUUACGUGAAGCCGACUUGACUUUAGAACAAGCUAUGGAGAUUUGUCGAGCGGCUAUAGUAUCCAAAGUGUAUUCAGAAAAAAUAAUUGAGUCGCGAGAAAAAUCGGUACAUAACAUAACGACGGGUGAUGAUUCAUUGCAAGAUAAUAACGUAUGGCAAAUAUCACAACGAGGAGGUUACGGUCGUGGCCGAGGACGGUUCGCGGGGUCGCGAGGCGGCCGCGGUGCCGGGCGCGGGGCUUGGAGCAGGCGCAGCGCGGGCGGUUGGCGCGCGCAGGACUCGACCGUGUCGGCGCGAGCGGCGGCUGGCGCUGGCGGGAGCGGCGCUGGCGAUCGUGGUGCGACGUAUAACGCGUAUAAUAACAGUCGUUGUUGUAACAAAUGUGGCACAACGCACGGAAACUAUGCGUGCCCCGCGUAUGGAAAACGUUGUUUACGGUGUUCGCGUUUGAAUCACUUUUCGCGUAUGUGUGGUGUGUAUCAAAUUGAGGAGUCGGACCAACAGGUAAUAUAUUGUCUUAAUAAUGAGAUAGAUGAAUGGACGAUUGUUUUAAAUGUUAAUAGUCAUAACUUAGGGUUUAAGCUUGAUACGGGAGCCGAAGUUAAUGUUUUGCCAUUACGUUACUUAUCUCAAGUCGGUUUAAGCAAAGAAAAUUUAAUGGUUACAACAUCGCGACUGCACGGUUAUUCUGGAAAGAACUUGGAUGUUCUAGGGAAAUGUUUUUUGAAAGUGGUAUAUAAAGAUAACGUAUAUUUUUUGGAAUUUAAAGUGGUUGAUGUGCCGUCCGCUCCUGUAUUAGGUAAAAAUGAUUGCAAGCUCAUGAAUUUGGUUAAAAGAGUAUUUGCGGUGAGUGAAACGGAGCAAUUACAUUCUCCGGCUUUUGUUACGGAAUAUAAAGAUGUAUUUCAGGGUAUAGGUUGUUUGCCUGGCAGUUAUAAAAUUAGAGUGAAUCGCGAAUGUAAGCCCGUAGUGCACGCUCCAAGAAAGGUACCAAUACCAUUGCGAGAAAAAUUAAAGGCAAAGUUAGAAGACAUGGAGCGACAAGGUAUCAUAGAGAAGGUUGAGGGCCCUACUGAUUGGGUCAACAGCAUGACCAUUGUAAAAAAACCAAAUGGUGACCUUAGGAUAUGUUUAGACCCAAAAGAACUAAAUCAAGCAAUAAAACGAGAACACUUUAGGUUGCCUACAUUAGAUGAAAUCGUUUCGAAUUUAUCAGGGGCUCAGUAUUUUAGCACACUAGAUGCUACUAAUGGUUUUUGGCAAGUAAAAAUAGAAAAUAGUGACCUUUGUACUUUUAAUACACCGUUUGGGAGAUAUAAGUUUCUACGUAUGCCCUAUGGAAUAUCGUCAGCGUGUGAGGUUUUUCAUCGCAAAAUAUAUGAGAAUUUCGACGAUAUCGAAGGAGUUUGUAUGUACGUAGAUGACAUUUUAGUCUUUGCCAAAACCAAAUCGGAGCACGAUGAGAGAUUGAGACAGGUAUUAGAGAGAUGUCGUAAAAUUAAUUUAAAAUUAAAUUUGACUAAGUGUAAGUUUGGUCUUGAGGAAAUUAAAUAUUUGGGACAUAAAAUUACGAGGAAAGGUCUGUACCCAGAUGAUAGUCAUAUCUCGGCUAUUAUUAAUAUGCCUAGGCCACAGAACAGUAAGGACGUCGAACGUUUGUUAGGGCUAACGACUUACGUGGGUAAUUUCAUACCUAAUCUUUCUAAUAAAACCGAACCCCUCAGAGAAUUGUUACAGAAGGAUAUAGAGUGGCACUGGAAUGAGAGACAUGAAAACACAUGGAAUGUCAUUAAAAAGUGUUUGUCUCAAAAACCAGUGUUGCAAUAUUAUAGCAUGACUAAGCCGAUAAUACUUUCUGUCGAUGCGAGUAAGAGUGGCCUUGGAUGUGUACUUUUACAAGAUGGCCUGCCCGUGUGCUAUGGUUCAAAAGCGCUUACAAAAACUGAACAGAGGUACGCACAAAUAGAGAAAGAGUUAUAUGCAUGCGUACAUGCAUGUGAAAAGUUUUAUGGUUAUAUUUAUGGGCGCACAGAUAUAACAAUCGAAACUGACCAUAAGCCCCUCUUGAGUAUAAUAAAGAAACCGAUUGUGGAUGCCCCACCGAGGUUACAGCGCAUGCUGUUAAGGCUCCAACCAUAUUCGUUUAAGCUGGUUUACAAACCCGGCAAGCAGUUGCAUAUAGCGGACGCGCUAUCGCGCGCCUACGAGCCGCUAGCGGCCGCUUCCAGCGAUCAUCAUGACCUGCAAGAUGAACUUUCAGAGGCGGUCCACACCGUGUGUGCAUACAACGAGUUAACUGAUACUCACUAUUUAAUACUACAAAAAGAAACAGAUAUUGACAGUGAGAUGCAACUGUUAAGAAAGUAUAUUAGAAAAGGAUGGCCGGAAGAAAAAAAAGACGUAGAAGACGUUGUGAAACCGUACUGGCAAUACAGAGAGGAUUUAACAGAAGGAAAUGGAUUACUAUGGAAAGGAUGUAGAAUAAUAAUACCUAAAAAGUUACGCGGUGACAUGCUUCAAAAAAUACAUUAUGCACAUUUUGGCCUUGAAAAGUGUAUGUUAAGAGCGCGAGAUUUAUUGUUUUGGCCCGAAAUAAAUAAUCAACUAAAAAACUAUAUAUCUAAUUGCCAAGCGUGUUUAACAUAUAGAAAAAACAACACAAAAGAAAAACUCAUUCCACACGAGGUACCAAAGAGACCGUGGUCUAAAGUAGGUAUUGACAUAUUUCAUAUUAAUCGAAAAAAUUACUUAUUGACUGUUGAUUACUACACCAAAUAUGUUGAGGUACGCGAAUUGCGUAGCACACUGUCUCACGCGAUAAUAGAUGAGUUAAAAUGUAUAUUUAGUAGUCACGGCAUACCCGAGAUAAUUAUGUCCGACGGAGGACCUCAAUUUGUUUCACGCGAAUUCAGUAAUUUUGCAAAAGAAUGGCAAUUUAAUCACGUACGCUCAUCACCUCACUAUCCCCAGUCCAAUGGACAAGCGGAACGUAGCAUUCAAGUAAUAAAAAAUAUAAUUAAAAAAUGCACCUACACUUCGACCGAUUUUCGCCUAGCCUUGCUAGAAUAUCUUAAUACUCCAAUUAGCGAAUACUUACCCUCUCCGGCAGAAUUACUUCAAAAUAGAAAGUUACGUAGCAUUCUACCACUUCGCGAAACAGUCCUAGAUGCGACAGUGAACCACAAUAUUAGGAACAGAUUAAUUAACCGUCAAAAUAAAUAUAAAAAAUAUUACGAUUUAAAUGCAAAAAACCUAUCUCCCUUAAUAGUAGGACAAAAAGUAAAGAUAAGGCACGACAAUAACAGUGUUUGGAUAAGCGGUACGGUUAGUAAAAUUUUAAGAAAUCGGUCAUAUCAAAUAUUGAUGAGAAAUGGUAAUAAAAUAAUAAGGAAUAGACGUCACAUCAUACCGGAUUCUCCACACCGCCCGGAAACCGAUCCGGAGUGUGGCUUCGAUUACGACCACAUUCUCCCGACACAAAUGCAUUUCGCAUCGAUUUCGGCUCCCAAUUCAAAUAUCGUUAAUUUAAAUACAAACCAAACUGAUGCUUAUGUAACUCGUUCCGGCAGGACAGUGAUACCUCCCAAUAGAUGGGGCAACUGGAGUACAUAACGGGAAUGCAAGUCUACCUGCCUGUUGGAUACCUGUAUUUGCCUAUAUCAUAAUACAUGUAUAAGUUGUAAAAACCAGUAAAAUGGAAUGCUCAAAUUUACUAAGAGCUAAUAGUUUAGUUUAGUUCAUUAAUUUGUCAAUUUUAAUAAUUAAAAUGUUAAAUUUGAUUCUUAUUUAGGUUUGCAUGCAUUGUAUGUAAAAAAUAAAUAUGCAUUUACAUAUAUUGUAAAUUAGAACACAUUUAAUAUUGUAUAGAUAAAACAGAUGUGCAAGUUACAGUUAAGUUAUACAAUGUAUCUA